GAGUUUCUCUCUUAUAAGUCAUUUACAUAUAAAUAUAUACCCCUACACCAUUCUUCUUCGUCUUGUUAACUUAAAACGUUUAAGAAUCUCUCUACUCACAUUUUCUCUGGUAAAAAUGGGAACUAGGUUCCAAUCCUUCUUGCUUGUGUUCUUUCUUUCAUGUUUAGUCCUUAUAUCCACUGCUUCGUGUGAGCGAAACGGUGAUGGAACCAUUAGAAUUGGAUUGAAGAAGAGGAAACUAGACCGGGGCAACAGGCUAGCUUCUCAGCUAUUUUUGAAAAACCGAGGAGGGUCUUGGUUUCCCAAAGACCAUUUUCGCCUGAACGAUGCAAAUGCGGAUAUGGUUCCACUGAAAAACUAUUUGGAUGCUCAAUACUAUGGUGACAUUACCAUUGGUACUCCACCUCAGAAGUUCACUGUGAUCUUUGAUACCGGUAGCUCCAACCUCUGGAUACCAUCAACUAAAUGUUACUUAUCGGUUGCUUGUUAUUUUCACUCGAAGUACAAGGCUAGCCAGUCAUCAACCUACAAAAAGAACGGUAAACCAGCAUCAAUCCGCUAUGGAACAGGUGCUAUUGCUGGUUACUUUAGCUAUGAUGAUGUUAAAGUUGGUGAUCUUGUUGUCAAGGAGCAGGAAUUCAUAGAGGCUACUAGUGAGCCUGGUAUUACAUUCUUGUUGGCAAAGUUUGAUGGUAUCCUUGGUUUGGGUUUCAAAGAGAUUUCUGUAGGAAAUUCAACUCCGGUUUGUGGUGAGAUUGUUUUUGGUGGACUUGACCCAAAGCACUUCAAAGGAGAGCAUACUUAUGUUCCUGUGACACAUAAAGGUUACUGGCAGUUCGACAUGGGUGAUCUCCAAAUUGCUGGCAAACCAACCGGAUAUUGUGCUAAAGGUUGUUCUGCUAUUGCUGAUUCUGGAACUUCUCUGCUCACCGGUCCAUCGACUGUCAUCACGAUGAUCAAUCAUGCGAUUGGAGCACAAGGAAUCGUAAGCCGUGAAUGCAAAGCCGUGGUGGAUCAAUACGGAAAGACCAUGUUGAACUCUCUUCUAGCUCAGGAGGAUCCGAAGAAAGUAUGCUCACAAAUUGGAGUCUGCGCUUUUGACGGUACAGACAGUGUGAGUAUGGGGAUUCAGUCCGUUGUAGAUGAUGGAGCUUCAGGUCUUCUAAACCAAGCAAUGUGCAGUGCCUGUCAAAUGGCAGCCGUGUGGAUGGAGAGUGAAUUGACUCAGAAUCAAACACAAGAACGAAUACUCGCUUAUGCUGCUGAGCUCUGUGACCAUAUACCAACUCAGAACCAACAAUCAGCAGUGGACUGUGAGAAGGUUUCCUCUAUGCCUAUAGUCUCAUUCACAAUUGGUGGCAGAACCUUUGAUCUCUCUCCUCAAGAUUAUAUAUUCAAGAUUGGGGAAGGAGUUGAGACUCAGUGCACUAGCGGUUUCACAGCCAUGGAUAUUCCUCCACCUCGUGGACCUCUCUGGAUCUUGGGUGAUAUCUUCAUGGGACCAUAUCACACUGUGUUUGAUUACGGGAAAGCAAGAGUUGGAUUUGCCAAAGCUGCUUAAACAAGAUCUCUUCUUUAAUACCCUUUUUUUAUAUGAUGUUUGUGAAUGUGUUUUAGACAAAAAAUCUGAAAAUGGUUGUAAUAAUUUAAACAUAUUGCUAUAUCCUAGAAUGGUAUCAUCAUAAUACAGAUUCUUAUUUGGUUUCA